AUGGCUUUAUUGUGUGCUGUUUUUAUAAUGUUAUUUAUUUCAUGUGAAGCAAAGUUGCAAUUACGUAAGGACAUAAAUAUAACGGCUCUUUUUGCUUUUGGAGAUUCAAUUGUGGAUCAAGGAAAUAAUAACAAUUUAAUUACUCAUGCAAAGUGUAAUUUUUUACCUUAUGGAAAAGAUUUCAUGGGUGGUAAUAAACCAACUGGAAGAUUUAGCAAUGCCAGGACACCAGCAGACAUGUUAGUUGAAGAUUUUGGGAUUAAGAAGCUAAUGCCAGCUUAUCUAGAUUCAAAUUUAAAAGUUGAAGAUUUAAAAACUGGAGUAAGUUUUGCUUCAGGAGCUUCUGGAUUUGACCUUUUAACUCCUAUUGUCGCGGUAACUUCUUAUUCUAUCUAA